UGCGGUAGUGGGAGCUCGCUGGGGAGAACCUCAGCCAUAUUCCGCUGCCUGCCGAGCCACACCGGCAACCGAUGUGGAAGCCAUCAAAAAGGGCCACAUUUCCAGGAAUACAUGCACGUUAAGAUUUAGUGUGGAUGUACUCCUCCGAUUCCACGACGUGACGACACGUUGUGGAAAUGCUCCCGAGCUGAUAAGAAGAGGAACGGACGGUCGCCGAGCAGCCCAGUAGAGACUCGACGGCGGACUCGCCUGACAUCCCGUAUUCCCUAAACGGAAAGUACAGAUUUACCGGGAUUAAAGCAAAUGUUAGAUUCCUAAAGCCUCGAGGCUGGAUAACUCCGAACGGCGGCUACACAGAAACCCGACUACUAGGCGGAUUCAGAGGCGCUCGACAUCAUGCCGGGAUUAUGAUUUAAGGUGAACACCAGCUAGCCGUGCUGCUAGCCUUUAUAGCAAGUUGGGAGUCGGAUCCCGAGCCGACAUCCACAACUAGUUGAGGCAGCGUUCAGGGAAAAAAGGGGCUGGGUUCUUGACAUUCUCCGGUCCCUGAGUCGGGAAGGGGUUUCGCUGCGCGAAGAAGGGAGUGGUUGUCAGCCGAGACAAGUGAGAAAUUGCCCGAAAAUGUCAGCCAAGGUGCGCCUGAAGAAGCUGGAGCAGCUGCUCCUGGACGGACCUCGGCACAACGGGACAUGUCUGAGCGUGGAGACCCUCCUGGACGUCCUCGUCUGCCUCUACAACGAGUGCUGCAACUCGCCCCUCAAGAGGGAGAAACACGUGACGGACUUUCUGGACUGGGUGAAACCCUUCACCACCACCGUGAAGGAGAUGCGGCUCCACCGUGACGACUUUGAGAUGCUCAAGGUGAUUGGUCGAGGAGCUUUCGGAGAGGUUGCCGUGGUGAAGAUGAAGGAGACUGAGAGGGUCUACGCCAUGAAGAUCCUCAACAAGUGGGAGAUGCUGAAGAGAGCCGAGACGGCUUGUUUCCGAGAGGAGCGUAACGUUCUGGUCAACGGAGACAGCCAAUGGAUCACGGCGCUUCACUACGCAUUCCAGGACGACAACUACCUGUACCUGGUGAUGGACUACUACGUGGGCGGUGACCUUUUGACCCUGCUGAGUAAGUUUGAGGACCGUCUGCCGGAGGAUAUGGCUCGGUUCUACGUGGCCGAGAUGGUCCUGGCCGUCCACUCCAUCCACCAGCACAACUACGUUCACAGGGACAUCAAACCAGACAAUGUCCUGUUGGAUGUCAACGGCCACAUCCGCCUUGCAGACUUUGGCUCCUGUCUCAAGAUGAUGAAGGACGGCACGGUCCAGUCUUCAGUCGCCGUGGGGACUCCAGACUACAUUUCCCCUGAGAUCUUGCAAGCCAUGGAGGACGGCAUGGGGCGCUAUGGUCCGGAGUGUGACUGGUGGUCCCUUGGGGUCUGCAUGUACGAGAUGCUGUACGGAGAGACCCCCUUCUACGCAGAGUCCCUGGUGGAGACCUACGGAAAGAUCAUGAACCAUGAGGAGCGUUUCCAGUUCCCCUCCAGUGUGUCGGACGUCUCGGAAGACGCCAAGGACCUCAUCCAGAAGCUCCUCUGCUCCCGGGACCGCCGCCUGGGCCUCAACGGCAUCUCCGACUUCAAGAACCACCCGUUCUUCAAGGGCAUCGACUGGGAGCACAUCCGCUCCAUGGAGGCGCCCUACAUCCCCGACGUCUCCUCCCCCUCCGACACGUCCAACUUCGACGUGGACGACGACGUGCUCAAGAACCCUGAAAUCGCCCCCCCUACGUCUCACACGGGCUUCACCGGUCAGCACUUGCCCUUCGUAGGCUUCACCUACACCACAGAGAGCUGCUUCUCCGACGGGGGCAGCGCCGGCCUCGGAGGGGUGAGGGUGGGGGAGGAGGGGGGGGAGGCGGGGCAGGACGUGGAGGUCUUUGAGAAGAGGAUCCGUCGACUGGAGCAGGAGAAACUGGAGCUGAACCGCAAACUACAAGAGUCCACACUGGCCCUGCAGGCCCCUGGUGGGGGCAGCGGGGGGACUCUGAGCCGAGACAAGGAGAUGAAGAAGCUCAACGAGGAGAUUGAGAGGCUGAAGAAGAAGCUGACGGACUCUGAUAGGCUGGAGCAGCAGCUGGAGGACGCCGUGACUCUGCGUCAGGACUACGAAAGCUCCGCCUCCAAACUCAAAGCCCUGGAAAAGCAGGUCAAAGCCCUGAGACAGGAGAAAGAUGAGAUCCAUAAGCAGCUCCUCGACGCCCUGGAGCGCCUGCGGUCCCAGACUAAGGAGCUGAAGGAGGCCCACUCCCAGAGGAAGCUGGCCCUGCAGCAGUUCUCUGAGCUGUCGGAGCGCAUGGCCGAGCUGCGCUCGUCCAAGCAGAAGCUCUCGCGCCAGCUCCGCGACAAGGAGGAGGAGAUGGAUGCCGUCAGCCAGAAGAUGGAUGCCAUGCGGCAGGAGAUCCGCAAGACGGAGAAGGCCCGCAAGGAGCUGGAGUCCCAGUUGGAGGAAGCGCGGGCGGAGGCGUCUAAAGAGAAGAAGCUGAGGGAGCACAGCGAGGUGUACUCCAAGCAGCUGGAGUCGGAGCUGGAGAUGCUCAAGGUGAAGCAGGGCCGUAGCACAGGGCGGAGCACCGCCGGCAGCCCCGAGUCCCAGCAGGAGCUGACCCGGGUCAAGUCUGAGCUGGACAAGAAGGCCCUGUUCUACGAGGAGGAGCAGCUGAGGCGGGAGGCGUCCCACACCUCCGAGCUCAAGAGCCUCCGCAAGGAGCUGCAGGACUCUGAGGGGCAGCAGCUGACCAUGCACAAGGAGCUGAUGGUCCUCAAGGACAAGCUGGAGAAGACCAAGAGGGACCGACAAGUGGAGAGUGAGGAGGCGCUGGGGGCGGUGAAGGAGAAGUACGAGAGGGAGCGCAGCAUUCUGACAGAGGAGAACCUCAAGCUGACCUCAGAGGCCGACAAGCUGGCCAGCUUCGCGGAUAAGCUGACCGAUCAGAACCGCCAGUUGGAGGAUGAGCUCCAGGAGGUGGCGUCUAAGAAGGACAGUGUGGCGCACUGGGAGGCCCAGAUAGCAGAGAUUAUCCAAUGGGUGAGCGAUGAGAAGGACGCCCGGGGCUACCUCCAGGCGCUGGCCUCCAAGAUGACGGAGGAGCUGGAGUCUCUACGGAGCUCCAACCUGGGAUCCAGGACCCUGCAACUAUCUGGAGUGGCCACGCCCCCUAAGAGGCCCUUGCCUCCUAUUGGUGGGGACAAAAGGGACCCGCUGUGGAAGGUGCGUCGCAGCCAGAAGCUGGACAUGUCAGCCCGGCUGGAGUUGCAGUCGGCUCUGGAGGCUGAGAUCCGGGCAAAGCAGCUGGUCCAGGACGAGCUCCGCAAAGUCAAGGCCUCCAACAUCUCCUAUGAAAGUAAACUGAGGGAGAGGGAGGAGAAGAGCAGGGACAUGGUGGAGCAGCUGGAAAACAUGAAGACGGAGCUGGAGGAGAGCCGCUCACGCUCCGAUAAAGGUAUGAAGCUUCCAGACUUCCACGACUCUAUAUUUGAGUACUUCAACACGUCCCCGCUCGCCCACGACCUCACCUUCAGGACCAGCUCAGAGAUAGACUCCACCCCCCUGAAACCCGAGAGCGCCCCCACCACCCCCUCCCCCACCACCGAGCACCAGGAGCUAGUCACUCCCACCACCCCCUCACCCGUCUACCAACCCUCCCUUAUCAACACGCCAAAGCCUAAAGCCCACCAGCUGAGUAUCAAGACGUUCUCCAGCCCUACCCAAUGCACCCACUGCACCUCUCUGAUGGUGGGCUUCAUUCGACAGGGAUACGCCUGCGAAGUGUGCUCCUUUAUCUGUCAUGUGAGCUGUAAAGAUCACGCCCCCCUGGUGUGUCCUAUCCCGGCGGAGCAGGCCAAGAGGCCUCUGGGUAUUGAUGUCCAGAGAGGCAUCGGCACCGCCUACAAAGGCUACGUCAGGAUCCCUAAGCCUACAGGCGUGAGGAGGGGUUGGCAGAAGGUGUAUGCGGUGGUGUGUGACUGCAAGCUGUUCCUCUACGAAAUCCCUGAGGGCAAAACUACCCAGCCUGGGGUGGCUGCCUCUCUGGUGCUGGACCUCAGAGAUGAGGAGUUCUCUGUGAAUUCUGUGCUGGCGUCAGACGUGAUCCACGCCACGAGGAAGGACGUUCCCUGCAUCUUCAUGGUGUGCUGGUCCCAGCAGAGUGGGGCGGGCCGGUCGGGGUCUCUGCUGGUGCUGGCCGACAGCGAGGUCGAGAAGAGGAGGUGGGUGGGGGUUCUGGAGAGUCUGCAGAACAUCCUGUCCAAGAACCGUCUGAAGAACCGCCAGGUCCACUUCCUGCAGGAGGCCUACGACUCCUCGCUGCCCGCCAUCAAGACCACGCUGUCCGCCGCCAUCAUAGACCGGGAGCGUAUCGCCUUGGGAACGGAGGAUGGCCUGUAUGUGGUGGAGAUCACCAGAGAUGUGAUCGUGCGCGCCUCGGACUCCAAGAAGGUGUACCAGAUCGACCUGAUCCCCAAGGAGAAGAUGGUGGCUCUGCUGUGCGGGCGGACCCGCCAGGUGCACCUCCAGCCCUGGGCCGUGCUGGACGGCGUGGAGGGCUCCUUCGACAUCAAGCUGACCGAGACCAAGGGCUGCCAGGCCCUCUGCACGGGGGUGCUCCGGCCCGGGGGGCCCGCCUGCCUUCUGGCCGCCGUCAAACGCCAGGUGAUGUGCUACGAGAUCACGCGGGUCAAGCCCCACUUCCGCAAGCUGUGGGAGGUGCAGGCGCCAGGCCUGGCCCAGUGGCUGGGCAUGGUGCGGGAGCGCCUGUGCAUGGGCUACCCCUCGGGCUUCGCCCUGCUGGCCCUGCAGGGGGAGUCGUCCCCGGUCAGCCUGGUCAGCCCCUCGGAUCCCUCGCUGGCCUUCCUGGCCCUCCCGGCGCUGGACGCGCUGCACGCCCUGGAGGUGGGCUCCAGCGAGCUGCUGCUGUGCUUCAGCCAGCUGGGCAUCUACGUGGACCCCCAGGGCCGGCGCUCCCGCAGCCUGGAGCUCAUGUGGCCCGCCACCCCCCUGGCCUGCAGCUCUAACUCGCUCUACCUGAGUGUGUACAGUGAGUAUGGGGUGGACGUGUUCGAUAUCCACACUGCUGAAUGGGUGCAGACCAUCUCCCUCAGAAAGAUCCGGCCUCUGAACAUCGAGGGGACAUUGAACCUGCUGGGUUCUGAACAGCCACGGCUCAUCUACUUUAACAACAGCAGCUCAGAAGGAGAGCUGGCCAUCCCAGAGACGUCGGACAACAGUAAGAAGCUGAUGGUUCGAACCCGCAGCAAACGCAAGUUCCUCUUCAAGGUCCCUGAGGAGGAGCGACUUCAGCAGAGGAGGGAGAUGCUGCGGGACCCAGAGCUGCGGUCCAGGAUGAUCUCCAACCCCACCAACUUCAACCACGUGGCCCACAUGGGGCCAGGGGACGGCAUGCAGGUCCUCAUGGACCUCCCCCUGGGCAUUCCCUCUCAGGAUGAGGUUGUUAAGGAGAAGCCUCGCCCCCUCUCCAGUAUCUCCCGGCAACAGAGGAGCAAAUCACACAUCAGCCGCACCGCUUCAGGGGCAGAGUUUGGAGGCUCUGGGUCCAGAAGCCUUGGAGAGCCGGACCAAGACCUUGACCGAGAGCCGGACUCCGACUCCACCAAACACUCCACUCCGUCUAACAGCUCCAACCCCAGCAGCCCCUCCAGCCCUAACUCCUCCCACCGCAGUCAGCUGACCCUGGACGGCCUUGAGGCCGCCCUCGACCCCGCCCUCGACGCCUGACUGCAUCCCCCUCCCUAAACUUACGGCCAAAACCACGCCCCUCAUCCCCGACCACUGCCCGUACUCCUUCACCUGCCAUGCCCCGUAUUUGCCCCUUCCUGCAUCACUGCCCACGCCCCUCUUCUUUGGUGACCACACCCCUUUCCUCAUCACUGACCAUGCCUCUUCCAGAUCUACAGAGAGGAGUCUCCUGCAGAAAGGGGGUGGGGUUUACUAUUUUUUUAAUUUAGCUGUUUUUGAGUUUUUAAGGCUCCGUUUCAAUAGGAACGGUGGUGUACCUAACCUCUGCCAGGUGAAGCUUUCUGAUCAACACUACAGCCGUGUUCCCCUGCGGCGCAGUCAGCCAUGAAAACCCCAUACACCAGGAGCCGCUAGGCGCUAACCCCGCUGCUAGCUUUUCCUAACUAGAGCUGCUUUUAUAAACUCUGUAUUCCACAAUAAGAGUCUGCGCUUUAACUUUGAAAAAAAAUUGUGUGGAUGAGGUGGUUCAAGUCGUUAUCGUUCUGUACCAGAAGGGGGCGCUCCUCCCACUGUAUUCUACUCUUGUAUUUGCACACUGUUGUAGCCCCUCCCCCAGCCUGAAUAGACGCGUCUGAAACACUACAGAAUCACCGUUUAAAUCUUUGUAAUUAUUGAAUAAGCAACACAUCAAGUAUGACCGGAAAAUAAAAUAUCUGUGCUUCUGUCCAUGACUACAUAAAUAAAGCAAAGCUGGGUUUUAUGUUCAAGUUUAACUUUAUUAAACGAGUUUGACCGUUGUGAGUGGGCGGGGCCUAAUGUCCCUUGUUUAGUUUGGUUACGUCCUCUGAAAUGAAUACGUUGCAUUAUUAUUACUUUGUUGGACCUCAAAUGAACGUCUUUAACAGUUAUAGAAGUAAGAAUUAAAACCAAUAAACUAAAGUAAAGAUUGUGUUCCGUUUAUUAAGGCCUUUCUAUAUAGCCCACCUGAAUUUGAACUUUACAGUUUUUCUCAGUCGCUUUGGUACAUUUCUCAGAUCAGAAUUGAAAUUCUCAAAACUACCUGUUCAAUCUUCACAUAAUUGUGUCACUUGUGCACAUCAAAAAAAGCAGUUUCUCAUUUCUUUGAACAAGUUGCAAAUGCUUUGGUACAUUCAUGCAAAUGAUUAUGUAUGAUUCUCUGCUCUUUCCUACAUUAUCAAUGGCUUAUGUCAUGUUGAUCAAAAUGUUUUGCAAGGGGUGUCUAUUGUAUAGCCUAGUCUCAGCUCCACAACCGUUAGGUAUUACUUCAUUGCAUAAGUCUUUACAUGCAAAAUGGUUGAACAAGUUGUCAUAUGUCCAGCAUAUUUCUAUACAUUUCCAUUGGACUAUUUUUCUAAAUCUGUCCUGAAUUUGUCAAUUGCUACCAGGUGAAUCUUGACUUUCUCUAAAGAGGUGAAAUGCGGGAAGUGUUGUAUCAACCAACGAUCUACCAGUUUACUGAAAUAGCUCAAAGGUGCAUCUCAUGAACCAUAAACUGGCAAGUAUAUAUAUAUAUAUAUAUAGCUGGAGCACAACAUAAUGUUACAUUGUCUGACAAUGGAAGGACAAGGAAUUGGACGGGGUCAACAGCCAGAGAGAAGAAGGAAGAGGAAGAGAGGCUGCGUGAGAAUGAGAAUUUUUGGCCCAACAGACAGGAACGUCAGGAGGUGUAGGAAGACUGCACUGUUAUUCCUACACCAAUGCAUGUACAGUUUACCCUAAGGAGAUUGUCCUAUAUUCACAUUUCUAGCAAUGACAUGGUCCGUCAACAAAUUACAGAACAAACAGUCAAAUCGUAAAUGUGAAUCUUGUCCAGUCUCCUGCAAUCAAUCUCCCACCUACACUAAGGUGUAACUUACAAUUUACAAUAAUUGUCUUCAAAACUUUAGCCAUAGUUUACAUCAGAACAUCCCUCCACAAUACACUGUUAUAUUGACAACAUGACUAAGCAAUUUGACUGUCUUAUCCGUACACAAUGACACAAGGACUUGUCAUUUUGAUGGCACUGACAUGUUCAUCACAGAUAUUUAGUGUAUUGGUAUGGAUUUUGAGCAGGAGACUGGCUUUUGCAAGAAAUCCAUGGUGUUUUGCUAUUUGUACGAAUUGUUUUGAGAAAUGCACUUACUGUUUUGCAAAUUUCAAUUCUGAUCUGAGAAAUGUACCAAAGCGACUGAGAAAAACUAAAUGUAUUUCAAGAGUCUGUGUGAUUUAACCACAAGGGGACGCUGUCGCCUGGUUACAAGCCGGAGUUUAUAAUAUCACGAGAAACGCUUCAGACAGGACGCAGGUCAGUUUGAUUUGAAAAUGUCGGAGAUCAUCUCUUGCUCUGAUUGGACCUUCUCACUAAAAUGUAUGGUGUACAUAUCC